AAGGCCGCAAUUGGAGGCUCGAGUGGUGACGUGACUUUCCGCUUUGGCUGGCCUUCCGCUUGGGCUGCUCUCAGGAGGGGCUCGGGGAACAUUUGGCAGGCCUCCCCGGUCCCUCGGCCCGUGCAAGUGCGAUGAGGUCGGUUAGCUACGUGCAACGCGUGGCCUUGGAAUUUAGCGGGAGCCUCUUCCCGCACGCGAUCUGCCUCGGAGAUGUCGAUAAUGAUACGAUGACAAAAUUUAAGCAUAGAGAGCUGGGUUCAAAUCCAGGCAGCUGCACUCAGCCUCUGUGCUGUGCAGCCUGCCCCCGGUGUGUCUGCCAAAGUCCUCUGGAGCAGCCGAAAUGGAAACAUCAGUUAAAUGAAUUGGUGGUGGGGGACACCAGCGGGAAGCUGUUUGUGUAUAAGAAUGAUGACAGUCGGCCGUGGCUCACCUGUUCCUGCCAGGGCAUGCUGACUUGUGUUGGGGUUGGAGAUGUUUGUAAUAAAGGAAAGCCAUCCCUCCUAUGCCUCUGCCUCUCCCAGAACCUGGUGGUGGCGGUGAGUGCUGAGGGAUGGUUUCACCUGUGUGACCUGACGCCUACCAAGGCCCUGGAUGCUUCUGGGCACCACGAGACCCUAAUGGGAGAGGAGCAGCAUCCAGUCUUCAAGCAGCACAUCCCUGCCAACACCAAGGUCAUGCUGAUCAGCGACAUCGAUGGAGAUGGGUGUUGUGAGCUGGUGGUCGGUUACACGGACCGUGUGGUACGGGCUUUCCGCUGGGAAGAUCUGGGUGAAGGCACUGAACAUCCAACAGGGCAGCUGGUGUCACUCAAGAAGUGGACACUGGAGGGUCAGGUGGACAGUCUUUCAGUGACUCCAGGGCCCUUGGGUGUUCCUGAACUGAUGGUGUCUCAGCCGGGCUGUGCUUACGCCAUUCUCCUGUGUACCUGGAACAAGGACGCCGGGCCCCCUCCCACCUCUGAGGGGGCCCCGGAGGGCAGCAGGGAGGCCCCGGCUGCCCGAGAUGUCAUGUUGCACCAGACUUCCGGCCGCAUCCACAACAAGAAUGUCUCCACCCACCUCAUUGGCAACAUCAAACGAGGCCACAACUCUGAGAUGGGUGGCUCCGGCCUCUUUGCCCUCUGCACCCUGGAUGGGACGCUGAAGCUCAUGGAGGAAGCGGACAAGCUGCUGUGGUCGGUGCAGGUGGAUCACCAGCUUUUUGCCCUAGAGAAACUGGAUGUCACGGGCAAUGGGCAUGAGGAGGUGGUUGCCUGUGCCUGGGAUGGACAGACGUAUAUCAUUGAUCACAACCGCACUGUCGUCCGCUUCCAAGUGGACGAGAAUAUCCGAGCCUUCUGUGCAGGCCUGUAUGCCUGCAAGGAGGGCCGCAACAGCCCCUGCCUCGUGUACGUCACGUUCAACCAGAAGAUCUACGUGUACUGGGAGGUGCAGCUUGAGCGGAUGGAGUCGACCAAUCUGCUGAAGCUGCUGGAGGCUGAGCCAGAGUUCCAGAGCCUGCUGCAGGAGCUGGGCGUGGAUCCUGAUGACCUCCCAGCUGUCCGCGCCCUGCUUCACCAAACCCUCUACCAUCCAGACCAGCCCCCACAGUAUGCUCCUGCAAGCCUUCACGAUCCCACCUAGCUGGACUUGCCCUCUUAGCUGAAGAAGGAGCCUCCUGAACCAACCCACCCCCCAAGAUCCCAGAGUUGAUGUUGUGAUGGAAGUCAGAGAAAAAAAGUCACAUCUUCAAAACUAGGAUGCUUGAACCAUCCCUCGCCUGAAACCACCUUCACUCCAUCUGGUCAAUUUACUAAGUUCUGCCAGCUUUGUCUCCUGUAUUUAUAGAGUCCAACCCUGCUUUGUACUACUGCCUUUAUUCAAGCCUCACCUCAGCUGUCCCGGAUCACUGGACCACCUCCCUAAGUUCCUAAGAACUGGCCUCCAGUACUGCUGUCUCUCAGACACAACUGCUUGAAGCCAGUGAUUAUCUAAGACCCUUGCUACUCGGGUGCUUGAGUGGCUCAGUCGGUUAAGGGUCCAACUCUGGAUUUCGGCUCAGGUCGUGAUCUCACAGUUCGUGAGUUCGAGCCCCAUGUCAGGCUCUGCACUGAUGAUGUGGAGCCUGCUUGGGAUUCUUUCUCUCCCCCUCUCUCUACCCCUCCCCAGCUCAAGCUCACGCUCUCUCUCAGAAUAAAUGAAUAAACUUAAGAAAAAUAAAACCCUUUCUGCUCAAA